UUCAUUAUGUUUGUAUUAUACAUUUCAAUUCUGUUUUGGUUAGCAAAAGUAGAAACAGAGUGAUGUCAGGUCUUAGCAAUGGCGACGCUGCCUCCGUCAAGAAGCUCCCGUCGGUCAAGUUCACCAAGCUUUUCAUCAACGGAGAGUUUGUCGACUCUGUCUCAGGAAAGACAUUCGAGAGCAUAGAUCCAAGAACUGGAGAGGUUAUAACAAGGAUCAGCGAAGGAGAUAAGGAAGACAUAGACAUUGCUGUUAAAGCAGCACGUCACGCCUUUGACUUUGGUCCUUGGCCUCGCAUGUCUGGCGCUGACAGAGCUAAAAUACUAAUGAAAUGGGCGGAACUAAUUGAUGAACACGCAGAAGAACUUGCAACACUGGAUGCCAUUGAUGCAGGGAAGCUGUAUCACAUGUGUAAGAAUUUGGAAGUUCCAGCAGCCGCAAACACUCUACGUUACUAUGCAGGUGCUGCCGACAAGAUUCACGGAGAGGUCUUGAAAAUGUCUAGAGAGUUCCAUGCGUACACAUUACUGGAACCAAUUGGUGUUGUAGGACACAUAACUCCUUGGAAUUUUCCCAAUUCCAUGUUUUAUAUUAAGGUUGCUCCUUCUUUAGCUGCUGGUUGCACCAUGGUCAUCAAGCCUGCUGAGCAAACACCCCUCUCUGCUCUGUAUAACGCUCAUCUUUCUAAGUUGGCUGGAAUUCCAGAUGGAGUGAUCAAUGUUGUGACAGGAUUUGGCCCAACUGCUGGUGCUGCAUUAAGUUCACACAUGGAUGUUGAUAAGGUCAGCUUUACCGGUUCAACCCAAACGGGUCGUGAGAUAAUGCAGGCUGCAGCUAAGAGUAACUUGAAACAAGUUUCACUUGAAUUAGGAGGCAAGUCGCCCCUCAUAAUUUUCGAUGAUGCUGAUGUAGAAAAGGCUGCUGAGCUUGCUUUGAUCGGGAUCCUAUAUAACAAGGGAGAAGUUUGUGUAGCAAGUUCUCGUGUAUUUGUGCAAGAAGGGAUCUAUGAUGAAUUUGAGAAAAAAUUGUUGGAGAAGGCAAAAGCUUGGGUGGUUGGAGAUCCUUUUGAUCCUAAAGUCCAACAAGGACCACAGGUUGACAAGGAACAGUUCGAGAAGAUUCUUUCAUACAUUGAGCAUGGAAAGAGAGAAGGAGCAACGCUUUUAACCGGUGGUAAAACAUUGGGCAAUAAGGGCUACUUCAUUGAGCCAACAAUUUUCUCUGAUAUAAAGGACGAUAUGCUCAUAGCACAAGAUGAAAUAUUUGGCCCUGUGAUGGCGUUGAAGAAGUUUAAGAGCAUUGAAGAAGCAAUUAAGAGUGCGAAUAAUAGUAAGUAUGGGUUAGCAGCAGGCAUAGUGACAAAGAAUUUGGAUACAGCAAAUACUGUGUCAAGGUCGAUUCGUGCAGGUACCGUUUGGAUAAAUUGCUACUUUGCCUUUGGUGAUGAUGUUCCCUUUGGAGGGUACAAGAUGAGUGGAUUUGGAAAAGAUCAUGGCUUGGAAGCCCUUCACAAAUACUUGCAAGUUAAAUCUGUUGUAACACCUCUUUACAAUUCUCCUUGGCUUUGAAUUUAUCUAUAACUUGGAUUAUCAAUUUCCACUUCUCAUAAGUCGUGGAAAAUCAGUUCUUCAACAAUGUUAUUGUCAAUUCCUUCUUC